AUGGUCGUCGAGACUCAGAAAACGCUUAGCACAGGGACUUUGAAUCUGCGUUUCAUGCAAAAUGCUCGGAGGGCACAGCAGUUAUCCGGUGUCGAUGUCGAGCUCGAGAAAGCGCACGUGAAAGAUGAGGCCGAAUGGGAAGUGGCGCCUGAAAUUCGUAAAGCCUGGGGAUUGGCAGAUGGUGUUCGAGGGUCUAACUCAGAUUCAAAUGACGAUCUGUAUGAGAGAUCGUAUAUGCCUUUCCUCUUUCCUUCUGUUUCUGAAACCCCUGGCCCUGAGGAAGAAAACGGAACUUCAUCAUCGACGUCUCUUGGCAGCGUCAAACCCCACGGCCGUCGCAAAUUUAAUAAAAACGGGGAAGAGUCAUCCAAACCUCCAGAAGUGCGGUCCGCAGUUGUUACAGACGUCCAACCUGAUGAGACGCGGAAAAUCAAGAUCAAAUCGAUAUCCAGCUCAACUAACAGUGUCACAUCCGCCAAGCCAUCAAAGAAGCUCAAGGAUCCGGCGAGUCGGGUGAUAUACGACAACAACAACGUUGGCGUUGACCUUCGCUCAGGCUCCUUAUCUUCAAACCGCACGUCACCUGCAUCAGCACCGAAGUCAAUCAGUUCUAGUGGCAGUAACGCGUUCAUGAAGCCCGCUGGCGUGGAUGAUCCUUCUCCUUCGAGUAGGGUUGCACCCUCAACUUUAGCUUCUGCCUCUUUCGCACGAAAGGGGAAGAGAAGACAGGAGCAGGAUAACGCAGAAGUCGAGACCAUGGGACUGAAGAAGAAAAAAACAGUAUCGUUCGUCCAGUGA